AAAGCCUAAUUUGAGGGAGGUAGGUUUUGGCUUGGUAUACCGUAUACGUAUGUUGCAGUAUGUCUACCCUGUUGGAAUCGAAGGUGCGCAUAACGCACCCUGUAGGGCUUGAAUAACAAGUCGUCGCGCGAAAUUUCUGUGCUCCAACAUUCUAGGCCAGUUAUUGUUUAUUGUUUUGUUUUUUUUUUUUUUUUUUUUUAUGUUUUUCGUUUUUCUGGACGAAAACAACUUCACGUUUGCAAGUUGCAGCACAACCUCUCUCCUAAAGUUCCAAGGGUUGUUCUGGGGAAUGGAUCUUGAGCUGGUGAAGAAGGCUUUGGAUUUAGCGCGGAGAAGGAAGAAACUGGUUGUUUUACUUGCUGUGUUCGGUGUAUCCAGUUUUGGUGCUUACAAGGUUUAUCACUGGCCCUAUGUGGUUAGGAAGAGGCAGAGGUUGUUUAAGCUGCUCGGAGCGCUAAUUUCUAUAGCCGAGAUGGCUUCGGAUUCCGCAGAAACCGUUGGAGUCGUCUCCAAGGACUUGAAGGAAUUUUUACAGUCAGAUACGGACCAAAUUCCCAAUAGUUUGAAGCAGAUUUCGAAAAUUGUGAAGUCUGAGGAGUUCUCUGGGUCGAUGAUUGGGGUCAUGGAGGCUUUGACUGUGGGAAUUUUGCGAGGGUAUCGGUUGGAUGCAAGGAUUGAGAAUGAUGCACAAACAAGGUCAGGGGAUUCGAGUUUCUCUGAUAGCAUUAUGGAGAGACUAUUUUCUUCCGCUGGGACUGGUUUUGCUUCGGUGGUCGUUGGUAGCUUUGCCCGGAACUUGGUUAUGGGGUUUUACGCCAGAGGUGCCUCCCAUGAUGGAUCAAAUGAAAAUAACCGGAAUGCUGCGGCCCUAGAUGGGGCAGAGGUAUCGACUGCGCCCAAAUGGGUGAAUGUGGUGUGUGGUGAUAAAUGUAAGCCACUCAUAGCUGAUUGCAUUCAGAUGUUUGUGAGCACAGCAGUGGCAGUGUAUCUUGAUAAAACGAUGGAUAUCAACACUUAUGAUGAAUUAUUUGCUGGGUUGACCAAUCCUAAGCACCAAAUCAAAGUGAGAGACAUUUUGGUUUCUUUAUGUAAUGGUGCUGUGGAAACACUUGUGAAAACAUCUCACCAAGUGUUGACGACUUCAAAUAAUUCGAGUUCAAGUCCUUGUUCUUUUGUUGAUGAGGAGGUUUCUAAGCAGGAAACAUCUUCAACCAAACUGAAAGUGGGAAGCCCCCCCAAUGGGAUUCAGAAUGGUGGGUGGGUGGACAAGGCUUCAUCUGCAUUGGCUGUCCCCAGCAACAGGAAGUUUGUGCUUGAUUUGACUGGGAGGGUGACAUUUGAAACCAUCAAGUCAGUUGUGGAGUUUCUGUUGUGGAAGCUGGCAGAUGGUUUGAAGAGAAGUUUAAAUGUAGCACAUGAGGAGGUUGUGGAUAGAGGACUUGAAGUUAUCAGAUAUGUUGGUGCCAAGUCUUCUGUUAUCGUUACCAUAUGCCUUGCUUUGUAUUUGCAUAUCUUGGGGGGUACUGGGGUUUUGUUGCAUGCAUGAAUUUAUGAUUCAUAGACAAUACUCCAUACUUGUUGACUUACGAGCUCGUGCAGGCAGAUGAUUUCAAAGUUAGCAAAUCUUUAUUUGGAACUCUCACAACCUGCCUCCAUGUAUAUCUUUGUGUUUCUUAUUUGAAAUACAAAAUUUCUGGCAUUGUUUAGUUUAGAUUGUUGUAGCAUCCUCAAAUUCUUAACUUCAUCAAUAGAAUAUUGAAAACCCUGUGAUUUGAUUA